CGCCACACACCUAGCUCUCGAGAGGGUCGCGAUGAACCCGGCCCCACACACUGAAGGGGCGUGGGGAGGCGGCGGGGCGGGGACUGUCGCCAUCCCGGGCGGGGCGCGCGGAAUCUGCGGGCCCGGAAGAACAGGCUGCGGCGCGCCGGCCGGAAGCGCUGCCCGCGAGGCGGAAGCAGAGGGUGCCGGCAGGAGAGGUGGGAGCCCGUCUGUCAACCCUGAAGACCCUCAGUCGUGGGGCAGGGCAUGCUUGAGGCGAGGUUUGUCAGGAAAGACUUAACGGUCAAAGGAGCAGGGCCACUGGCGGUGAGAUGCAGAUGCCGGGUCUCACCUUCAGGGACGUUAUUUACUGUGGCGCAUACCUGACCGACGCUUGUCUUCUGUCAGCGAGCAACUUCUCAGACAUUAGAAUGUGACAGAGGAGAGUUUAGGUUCCAUAAAAAGAAGCCCCUGCUCUGGAAGAAAAAAAAAUGUCUCAAAAGCAGAUGAAGGAAGCGUUUGUCAGUAACCUCAACGGAACCAGUGUGCUGGAAGUGACCCAGGGCUUGUGCUUCCCUGCAUGGUGUAUCCUGUGCAGAGGCCUUCUGAUCAUUCUUUCCCAGCACUUGUGCUCUUUCUCACACACCUGGAGCACACGAUUCUUCUUGGACUUUGUUGUCCUUAUAGUCCCCCUAGUGAUCACUUUGACUAUAUUGUCCUCGUUCAUCCUCCUUGAGAGCCUCACUGUAAUUGCCUGUGUGGUGUGGUUGUUGUAUCAGAUAUACCAGAGGAGGACUUGCUAUGCCAAAGUACCUAUCCAGAAAGUCUUUGCAAACUUCCUGAAACUCAGCCUAGAAUCAGAGUACAAUCCAGCCAUUACCAAUUACCGGGUCAUCAUCAGUGUGUUUACUGCCAUUGCCAUUUUGGCUGUGGAUUUCCCACUUUUCCCUAGAAGAUUUGCCAAAACUGAGCUUUAUGGGACAGGAGCAAUGGAUUUUGGAGUAGGUGGCUUUAUUUUUGGGGCUGCAAUGGUUUGUCCAGAGGGUAGAAGGAAAUAUAUAGAAGGGUCUAGAUUUAAUUAUCUUAGAAGAUCGCUGUAUUCUGUCUGGCCAUUAGUCUUCUUAGGAAUGGGACGGUUAGUCGUUAUAAAAUCCAUAGGAUACCAGGAACAUUUAACUGAGUAUGGAGUUCACUGGAAUUUUUUCUUUACCAUCAUAGUUGUGAGAUUAAUAACAUCACUACUUUUGAUUAUGUUUCCUUUAAAUAAGUCCUGGAUUGUGGCUGUCAGCAUUAUUGUGGUAUACCAGCUAGCCCUUGACUUUACUCCACUUAAGAGGAUAAUUUUGAAUGGCACCGAUGGUAGCGGCACAAGAGUUGGCUUAUUAAAUGCCAACCGAGAGGGAAUAAUUUCUACUUUGGGCUAUGUGACAAUACACAUGGCUGGUGUGCAAACAGGGUUGUGUGUGCUUAAGAACAGAGUAUAUAUCAGAGACUGGAUAAAAGUUACUUGCUGGGUUUUCUCAGCGGCUGUUAGCAUCUUCAUCUCUCUUUCUAUAGUUCAAGUAAAUAUAGAAGCAGUAUCUCGAAGAAUGGCCAAUUUAGCCUUUUGUCUGUGGGUGGUUGCUUCCAGCCUGAUGCUUCUUAGUUGUCUGUUACUGAGUGAUAUAAUUUUGAGUUUUGCCAAAUUUCUAAUUAAAGGGGCUCUAGUACCAUGUUCUUGGAAAAUUAUACAGUUCCCUACUACAAAUAAAAAACAUUCUGAAUCUCUAGUCCUAGAAGCUGAACAGAAAAAACCCAGUCUUUGUUUAAUCAAAGCUCUGAACAGAAACCAGCUUUUUUUCUUCUUAAUGUCAAAUAUAACAACUGGUCUGAUUAACCUGAUGAUGGAUACAUUACAUACUGGUGUUUUGUGGACCUUAGUUGUACUGGGUAUUUAUAUGUUUAUGAACUGUUUACUCGUAUAUGUACUUGAUUUACAAGGUAAAACCAUAAAGUUUUGGUGACGAAUGGGUAGGAAGUAAGUAUUUGAAGAGCCUUGUUUUAGUGGAGAAGAUAAGUGUGGAGGAAUGUAUUCCUAGCAGUCCAGCCUUACCAGUAUUUUGUUAUUAAGCUUCAGUCCCGUAUGACAGACAUCAAACUUUACCUUUUUUAAGGAAGACUCUUGCUGUACCUGUACUGGGGUGUUUAAUACGUUUCAACAUUAUAAAACAAACCAACAAAAGUGCCACAAAGCUUUAAUCCCAUAACGUGGGCGGUAGAGGCGGAUCUAUGUGAGUUUGAAGUCAGCCUGGUCUGCCUGUUAUGUUACAGGAUACCCAGGGCUAUGUAGAGACCCUCAGUGGGGAAAAAAAAUUAAAAACAAGAGAGAAAGUCUUGUGACUUGCCAGACUUAUAAAAUGCCAGCAUUUUAAAGAACUUUUUCACAGGGACGUUGUCUGGAAGUCGCAGUGGUACUCCUACCUCAGCCUGGAGCUGGAAUUCAGGCAUGAGACACAUACCCACGUGUUGAUAAUUUUGAAAUUGGAAAAUGGAGGGUGGCACUGUAUUUGUGAUUGUUUCUGUGAAUAUGUAAUAUGAUCAUAAUGUUUGUGUUAUAUGACAUUACAUUAAGAUAUGAAUUAUCAUUUAAAAGUUUAUGUGUAUGUAUAUUUUUGCCGGCAUGUAUAUGGAUCACAUAUGUGCAGUGCCCACAGAAGUCAGAAGAGGGGUGUUACAAAUGAUUGUGAGCUGCCAUAUGGGUGCUAGGAAUUGAACCUGGGUCAUCUGAAGAACAGCAAGUACUCUUAAUCACCAAGCCAUUUUUUUUCCCCAGCUUCUCUUUUUCCUUUUUUUUUUUUAAAUUGGUAGUCUAAGUUUGUAUUCCUGGCAGACAUUGAACUCAAUAUUUUGGCCAUGUUGGCCUCAAACUCAAAGAGUUCUGCCAUCCUUUGCCUCCUGAGUGCUGGGAUCAAAAGCAUGUGCCACCAUGCCCAGCAAAUUGUGGAUUUUUCUGUAUAUUUUUUUUCUUUGCUUUAGAUGUAUUCAUUUCUUAUUUGUGAUGUGUUUUCCUUCGGGUAUGCAUAUACAUAAUAAGCAUGCAUGGUGCCUAAAAAGGUUAAGAGGGCAUUAGAUCUGAAAACUAGAGUCAUGAAUGGUUGUAAAGGACCGUGUGAGCUGGGUGGUGCACACCUGUGAUUGCAGCAGAGGCAGGUGGAUCUCUGAGUUCGAGGCCAGCCUGGUCUACCGUGAGAGUCCAGGACAAGGCUACACAGAGAAACCCUGUCUUGAAACACAAAAGCACAGUGCAGGUACCUGAGGCCUCUGCAAGAGCAUUUAGUGCUCUUAACUGCUGAUCCAUCCAUCCUGCUCCUUCAGUGCCUUUCUGCUCAUCUCUAUUAAAAGUAUAGGAGUAAGAAGCAAGUGUUUAAAACCAGAUAUAUUUAAAGCCAGGAAACAGUUAAAUGAAAUAAAUGGUUGAAUUGGAUGAUGUGAUUUCUGUAUAUAGUAAUUAAAACAAGUUUUGUUUUGUUUUGUUUUGUUUCAGGUA